UCCAUGCAGGCAUUCAUGCAUUGCCAAUUCACGGAGAAGUUUAGAAUCCAGUACUAUAAAAUGCACACGAGUUUACGUAUAAAGUGCACAGCAUUCUUCAACUCGACAUAUUCAUCAUCACUUUGAACUAAUUAUGGGCGGCAAAGGCGGUGGCGGUGGAGGCAAAGGUGGUGGAGGCGGUGGCGGCAAAGGUGGUGGUGGAGGUGGAGGUGGCUCCUCAAAGGGCGGUGGCAAUGGUGGCAUGAUGGUUGCCCCUGGUAGUGGAGGAGGAGCACACAUUUCAAGGGAUACUUUUGAGAGCAACCCGCAGGGCUAUUUUGCUGGCUUGCAUGGCGCCGGUGAAAAGGGAAAUAAAUAGAUGCAAUAUUCAUGCUAAUAUUGCUGCUGUUUUGGGGAGUUUUCUCAGUGAAGUAUUGCAUCAUGUACUGCUUUAAUAUGCGCGCGGGUUAUUUUGAUCUAAUAAACUAAACUAU